UCAUAUUUAUUUAUUAUGUUUAUUUAUUAUAUAUUAGUCUAUGAUGUUUAUUGGCUCUGUUUAUUAUUGAUGUCUAAUUGUUGUUUUCUAGUUGUGAAAAACUAAGAUCAAUAGAGUUUUAUAUUUACAUCAACUUAAAUCAUUACAACCAAACAAAAUAAAUUGGAUUGGAUAAACUUAAAUAAUAGAAUAUUCAACAAUGAAUUUGAGUCAGAAAAUUAAUCCUAUUGUGUUUAAGUUAUUUCAACUUUCACUAAACUGUAGAAUUUUUUACAAAAACACUGCGAAAAUUAAUGCUGUUCAGACCAAACAUGCAUUCUUUAUGUCAUCUGCGCUAGCUUUUCUGUGGCCUAUCAAAACAAUAAGCAAACAAGUUGGGCCUGUUGCAAAACAGUCAACAUCUGUACUAGAAAAGGCAGAUGAAAUGUUUGAAAAUGGCCAUUAUAAAGAUUGUUAUGAAUUAUUAAAAGAAACUGGUGACAGUCAAAAUGUAGAAGUACAGUGGAGAAUCUGCAGAGCACUGUACAAUAUGUCCAAAGAGCCAAAGCAUGACAGUAAAUAUAAAAAAGAGCUUGUAUUCCAAGCAUAUGAGAUCAUAGCUAAUGAACUAAACUUCCAUGAAGAUAAUUUUGCAGUGCAGAAGUGGUAUGCAUUGUUAUUGGAUUCUAAAAGCUCAUAUGAAGGCAUUAAAGAGAGAAUUAAGCAGUUGGAAACUGUUAAAAAACAUAUGGAUCUAGCUGUCACAUUGAAUCCAAACGAUGCUACAAUAUUACACAUGCUGGGUGAAUGGUGUUAUCAGAUCACUGAACUACCAUGGCAUCAAAGAAAAAUAGCUGAAGUGUUUUUCGCUUCACCUCCACACUCUACCUAUGAAGAUGCUUUGGAAUAUUUCUUAAGAGCUGAAGCUGUACAACCUAGAUUUUACAGUUUAAAUCUUCUUAGGUUAGGCAUCUGCUAUUUGAAAUUAGAGAAGGAAGAUCAAGCCAAGUAUUAUUUGAAGCUGGCUGCAAGCUAUCCUGCUAAGUCUAAUGAUGAUCAUCUUGCAAAUAAAGAAGCUGCUGAAUUAUUAAAGAAAUUACAGUGAUAAACAGAUUAACUAGAAAUCAUCCAUAAUCAUAGUUUUAAGCUCUCAUGUAUUUAUUGUAAUAAUUUCAAUAUUAUUAAUGUACCUAUUUUCUACUUUUAUACUAAACAACUAUAUUAUGUAAUAA